GCCAACAUUUGCUAAAAUUCCUUCGUGUAAAUGCGCUGAAAAAAGAAUUGCACCGAGCAUAGGACAAGCCGAACAAGUAACAGGCGAAGACAACAAUGCUCAAGCUCCUCCUAGCCAUUGCGGGGAUGAUAUACCUGUUUCUACUCAUGGCGCUCGGUAUCUGGGCAGCACGGAAGGUGCACGGUAUUUAUCGAAGAGGAGACAAGCUGAGAUACGACAGUACUUAUGCUAGAAAACUAUUCCUGGCAGAUCCUAACAUGAGCACUGAGUUCGUCGUCCUCGCCAUGGCAGCAGCCUGGACGAGCGCAGGAUUCCUCAACGGUACAAUUGAAGCUGUCUACAAGGACGGUAUCUUGUGGUGCCAAACACAUCUGGGACACGCGAUAAGCCUGGCUUUGGGAGGUAGAUUUUUCGUCUCAAAAAUUAAGGACACUGACGAUCUGACGAUGCUGGACCCGUUCCAGAGGCACUUCGGAAAAUGGGUAGCGCUGUUUCUAGCUCUCCCGUGUAUCAUUGGAGAAAUUUUGUGGUCAACGGUUGUACUGCACGUCCUCGGAUCAUAUGAACAAGUUAUGAUUGGAACAGUCGGCAGAUUCGGCGUCUCCGCCGUAGCAGCAACCACCGGGGUUAUCUACACUGCUCUGGGAGGGAUGUACUCCGUACUGUACACGGGUGCCAUCCAAUUCAUUACGAUAACUGUUGGAAUGUGGUUAUGUGCUUCCUCCAUUCUCAGUCAGGAUGCCGUGGCAAAAAUGAAAGUGAAUUUGAUCAGUGGUGCCCACUCGAACGAUAUUUGGGAGUACGUAGACACUUUACUGAUGGCAGCUUUUGGGGGCAUUCCUUGGCCAGUAUACGUGCAGCGGGUGUUGAGCUGCAGAACCGUAUCCCAAGCAAAGUUUAUGUCGUAUGCGUCAGCUUGUGGGUGCGUAUUGCUGAUCAUUCCACCAGUCAUUAUCGGUGCCGCUGCAAGAACGACAAAUUUCACUCUCGUGGGACACAAAACGGAAACUCUAGAAGAUGAAGACGCCGAAAAUGUCUUCGCGAUUUCCAUCGAACUAUUAGCUCCCUAUGUUAUUAAAUUCAUGGGUGUGAUUGUUAUCGUCGCAGUUGCAACCACCGCCGUUGAUGCGUCGAUGCUUAGUGCGUCUACGCUCCUCAGUCACAACCUCUACGUCAUGCUUGCUCGUCCAUCUGCAAGACCACCAGAAAUAAUCGCAGCCCUCCGGGUGUCCGUCCUCAUCUGUGCCGCCGCCUCCAUCAUUCUGUCUACGAUUAUAUCAUCUCCUCACUCGCUUUGGAGAUUCUCCACGGAUUUGACUUACGUGCUGUUCUUCCCACAGUUCGUUGGCAUCUUUUACUUUCCAUCGCUGUCCAAUUCAUACGGCUCGUUUGCUUCUUUCCUCAUUGGUCUGUCAAUACGCGUGCUGAUUGGCGAAGAGGCCGUUGGAAUUCCAGCAUUCUUUUCUCACCCUUUCCGCAGUAAAGAUGGCAUGCAAAAUUUCCCUCGCAGAACAGUCUGCAUGACACUAUGUUUCAGCUUCCUUCUGAUCUGUUCUGGGCUUGCAAGGACGCUUUUCCACAAGGAAAUACUUCCCAUGCAGUGUGACUUCUGUCAUUGCUUCUCCCAACCUAACAAGGAUGGAGAACGCUCUAAAACUGACGACACCCAAGCGGAAUCGAAGACAAGUGUGAGCCCUGUCGAUCCGAAGGGUCCUCAGUCAACCACAGCCACGAUAUCGACGAAGAAGUAUUCCGCAUCGACAAAGGAGGUUCAGGAUAAGCCGGACCACACUACAAUAUCAUCAACAUACUGUGCCCCAGCAAUUGUAUCAACACCUGAACCUCCAAACGAGGGUUCUACUGCGCCAUCUCUUAAAGUAGGGUUGCCUGAGAAAUUGUCCAAAAACCAACCCUUUACGGCAUCCCCGAUAGAGACGACACCUGUACCCACUCAGAAACUCCUACCUGCAGUAGCACCUAAAGUGUCCUCAUCAGUGACACCGAAAAGUGCGUUACCCGCAACUCCGAAAGCGUCUGCAAUAGCGAAAAGGCCCCCAACGAUGACGGUGAUAAGGAAGUCUCCUGCAGAAACUACAAAAGUGUCGCCAACAGCAACUGCGACAAAGACGUUACUUACAGCGACUCCGAACAAGGCAUCACCUGCGGCGACUUCGAAAAAGGCAUCACCUGCAGUAACUCCGAAGUCAUUGUCACGAGUGGUGACACCGCAAAUGUUAGAUAAUCGUACUUUGGUGUCAUCGGCGACGUCACCCGCUCCCACCAGAUCGUCGCCUUCUCCCUCACAGAAGGGACCGUCGCAGCCAAAAUCAGGAAAAGAAUUGGACGGUAGGAUGCAUUAUGCGACUGCCCCGCAGGAGUUCAGAACAAAACAAUUUACUCCCGCACGGUACCCCGCUGAACGCGACACCAGCAUACGAGAAAAGGGGACAGAUGUACGCAACCAGCGUAUCAAACGUCCCCCUACGUAGCCACCUGUUUCUUUGAUGGUAUGACUGUGCUAUAAGCUCCGCACGACUAGCGGGUUGUUUGUUAAAUGUUUUGAAAGUUAUAAACUUCGUUAUAUGCUUAUGCUGUGUUAUUAAACGCUUCUGGUAUAUGAGUCA